AUGAAAAAGCCUCAAACACACGAUGCCCUAUCCCUGCAGGAUAGAGGGAAGUGCCAAUUCUGCAGGAGCAAACUUGCUGAAAUCGCUUCCCCUACGGAAUGCUUGCCAUGCGAAGAAGGUUUCGAUGUUCGAGACUACCUCCAGGUAUACAUUGGAGGCGGGGUUACUUUGCCGUUCGAAGAGGCGGCCAUUGAAUAUCUUCGGCAACACUAUCCCGAGGCUGGGAAAAUUCACUAUUCUCUUCCCUCUGGCUACAUACUAAAAAAUAGUGAUUUCCAAGAUCUGCUUCGCCUGGCAAGGAAGGAGCUAGAGAAUCCCCAGGGGAAGGACGUGGAUGUUUUUGAGCAUAAACCCGAUUAUGCAGCUGUCGCUGCCGUGGUCAACCGGGCGAAGGACAUAUGUGGUUCAGCUCCAUCUUUGGUGGUUGCCGAUUACGAAUUCUCGAGGACCUUCAACAGAGCCAUUUCUGAACUACCAAAGCAACAGCAAAAAAAAUUGAGAAAAGAACGUCAUAUUCCUAAGCUGGAGACUGGAGAUCAUGACGUUUACCUGUCCUACCCCAGUGGAGACACGGUCUAUAACGUAUUCUUCCAAAUAAAGAAAACUUCUCUGGAUGUUAGUCCGAGAAACAUUUACAAGAGGAUCACGGAGGCGAUGAACCAGUGCGAAAAGGACAGCCUAGUAUUGAAGACCAUGUGCGGACCUUUUAUAAGAUCUAAUGCAGUAAUUCUUGGAUUUCCAACAUUCCCUUUCAUUGAAAGAAGAGAAUUGCAGAAAUUUCUCAAGUGUGAAUUCUGCCCAUGGAAGAUCUUAACAAGUGACGAUCUUCAGCGGCCAUAUGAUCUGCAGAGGUUUCUUCAGAAAAACGGUGUGACGAAUUUGCCUUCAACUGGAGAAUGCAGUUCUAUUGCCGAAAAACAUUUCUAUGAUAUUUUUUCUCUCUACAUUUGCGCAUCAUCUUCCGUCGACGUUCCACGGACUCAUAGAGAGUAUUUCAGAGCCAGCGACGCCCAAAUGGAGAAAACACUGUGCAUUUUGACUCCAGAGCAGAAGAAACUCGUUUACGAAGGAUCAGCUUCACCCCUCCUCCUUAUGGUAGGAGGGUCAGGCACGGGAAAGACCCUGAUCCUGAAGGAAAAAGCAAAGCGACUUGCAACAGAAGAUGGUAGGGAAGUCAUAGUGGUAAAUCUUGCUGGAGGACUCCUAACGGAGGACUUCCAUCGCGAUUUUCAGGGAAAAGAGGGAAUCCGAGUAGUUGAUGGAAGAGAGGAGGGCAUGGAGGAGAACAUGGAAAGACUCAAGAGUUUUCUGAAGAGGGACGGAUCAGGGAAACACAUACUCAUUGAUGAGGUCCCAGUUACACUGGGAUUCCAAGGUAUCAUCACCGCCGAGGCACUUUCUGACCACUGGAGGUGGAUUCCGAAAUUCAUAAAGAAUCCUUUGCAAUCCAUCACCAUUUCCUUUAGACCGAAUGAUCAAUCGUACUCACGGGAUUUCUCACUGCUUGAUGUCAGGCCAGGCGGUCAUACAAUCCAUAUCCUUGAAAGAGUUAAAAGGAAUACGAGAAACAUCGCGGAUCUAUUCCUGGCCAUCGGGAAUUACUCGCGCCAAAUCUUCAUAUCCUCCGAAAGAACGCAAGAAAUGGAUUUACGCGAACCUGGAGGAAAAUCUCUGCCAGUCCUCUUCCCUAUCCCAUCGUGCUAUUCCCUUCAUCCUGGAAAAUGCAGGGAGGAAAUGACCUGCUCUGCAAUGAGGGCUUCAUUUGCUAUACAUCACAUCCACACGGAAUGUUCAAUGCCAAUCAGGAAUUUACCCAUUUUCGUCGUUGUUGAUGACAAAAAGAAAAAGGCAUCUCUCGUGAAUAUUCUCACGUCCCUGUAUGACUCACUACCUGUCAUUUUCCUUGACGAUGGACAAGAUACACCAUGCAAUGAUGAGAGACCAGAAUCCGAUUUUGAUACAGACAAGGAAUCGGGCAAGGAAGAAGAAUAUAAGUCUGAAGAGGAUUUAAAAACCAAGCAUAUCAAGGAUUUCUGGUCCUGCAUCUCGGACGAGGAAUCUGAAAGUUCCUUAUCCGAUGAGAGCGACCAAUUUGACUCUGACGCGAGCGAAAAAGCCACUCGGGAUCAAACCCAUGAGUUUGAAUCCAAUAAUAUCGAAGAUUGUGAAACGGAUGAGGCAUGCAAAUUCCGUGGAAGGGUAUCCUCUGACGGACUCACGCCUGUUGUUGUUGUAACUGAGGACGAAUUUAAAGGAUGUCAUCUGAAGAACAUCACAAUUGUGGUAGAUCUCCCUCAUUCACGUUGGAAAAACUACAUUAGAGUGGCAUCAGCCACAGAUGACACAAAUAUUUUAGUGGUCGAGGAAGAAGAGUUGACCACGGGAAAAUUCUCUCAACUUCUGCAGAAAAUACCUGGGUGGAAGAUAACAAAGAAGAAUUUUAACAGACAAGAUCUGAACGAAAAAUUGGACCGAGCUUUGGAAGAAAACGAGGGCAAACCGAUUGAUGUCCUUCGAAGUGAUAUCUUCUCAUGUGCAUCCUGCCCCGUCAUGGAGGCAGCUUGGGAUGCGGCAGGCGGAAGGGAGGAAGAAGACACUGAUAAGUUGCUUACAAUUUCCCUUAUAGGAAUAUUCGGUUAUCCAGCCACGGGGAAGUCCUUCACAGUCCAUAAUGCAAUAAAUGUGGUGCUACAGGGUCGCGCUCGAGUCCGUAUUGUCCACUGCGGAAGUGAUUUGUCCCAGGAACUCUGCCGGGAGCAAUGGAGGGGGGAAGUGAACGUGGAAGUGGUUCACUGCCAUUCCAGGAAUAUUACAUCUCUCCAGGACAUCCUUCCUCAUGGAGACAGCAUGAAGCAAACCGAAGUGGAAGAAGAGGAAGGGUGUCUCUCAGUCUUGGUCGUCGAAGACUGCCCAAUGUUAAAGGACUUGGAGAAGGAGAUUCCACGAACCGUGCAGCAAUUAAAAGCGAAACACUUGAAGCUGAUCCUCGCCUUCAAGCUCCAUUCAUCAGAUGCGCCGGAGAUCUCUGUGGAAAGAAUGAUUGAUGUACUGAAGGAAAAUCCUGAUUCCACGGCCAUUACACUUCGUUCUCCAUCGACCGACUCACGAUUCCUGAUCCAUAUCACUCGAAAUGAGGCCCCCUCUGCUCUAAUCCUGGGAGCAAAGAGUCUCUUCACGUCUGCAACUCCCGGGGCCAUCGUUCUCGGACCUCCUGUCCAAUAUGUCAAGUGCUUAGGAAACCAUGGGGGAUAUUUGUGCGAAGGAGAGACUUCAUGUGGGCCAUACAUAAAGAACUCCGUGCAUAUCCUGUCGUCCUUUUUAAAGUCCGUUGUUACAGAGACUACGCCCGAAGAUGAAACCCACGUCCUGGUAUCGGAUGAAGCUCUUCUGAAGUCUUUGAAUGAGGCCUUGUCAGAUGGAAAUCGUAUCCGACUCACACACCCAAGGGAUUUUCGAGGAUGUGAAAACUCUACCAUCGUGACUGUAAAUAUCAGUGACGACUGGUUGCUAGAAGUCAUAUCACGUAGCAAGACUCAAUUGAUCAUCAUCGAUUGCAUCCAAGAGCAUCAGGACCUUUGGCGAACCAUGCUAGCGGAUGGGCGCGUCCAACCAAGGGAUAUUCCCGUCCUCCAGGACCGAUCUGCCUUUCUGCUCCUAGACGAUGAUGGGAAAUUUCUGAAGGUUCCAACAUGGGACGAGAUAGGAAAGCGUGUGGGCGAAGAGGCCGUGAACAAAGGAGACUUCCUGGAUGAAGACACGGGCUCCUUCCUUAAACUUGCUCCCGAUUAUUUCAAUGGCUUGGAUGAUUGUAUCCCCUCGUCAUCGUCCCCAUUUUACGAUUGGGGCUAUGUCCAGAUGGGUGGGUAUGGAGUACCGCUUUGGGGAGAUAAUGAGAAGGUAAUCCUUGGGAUUCUUCGAGAAAAAGGUGUGGAGUGGGUUAGCGAAGAGCAUCCACCUGUUCCCCUAAAGACAAGGAGUGGAGGAUUCCUGGAGUCCCUGUCUCUCUCGCUCACCGGAACUCUCCUUCAUCUCUCUCUCCUUCAGGCCUGCGCUUUCCUCCCUGAAAAGGGCAAAGGGAGAACAAAAACGGAAGAAGAAGAUGUGGAGCCGAGUGGAAUCCUUAUUUUCUCCUGGGAGUCCACUACAGCAAUCAACGUUCUUCCCGUUGUGCCACUUGCAAAGAGGAAAAUGUGGAUGGAUGUGGAGAAGCUGCCUUUUGUGUAUCAAGGGGAUGUGUCAUUGAACCUUCGGCAGAUCCAAUUUCGAGGAAGAGUGGAUGUGUCUUGGCAGGCAGACAUGGUUCCCCUGCUAUGGGCAUUGGACAGGCUAUUGGCGGAGUUGACGCCCCUCACCUCUGAUGAACUGAAUGAACGGAGGAAUCGUGUGGAGAGACAAUAGCUGAACAAAUCUCAAAACGUGUCAUGACUCGUGAAUGUUUAUUUAUCGG